AUGCUGGAUACCUCCAUGGGCACCAGAUCGCACGAGGUCUCAGCCGGAGUCCCGCAGGGCUCCGUCUUGGGACCUCUGCUCUGGAAUACAAUGUACCUGGGCGUCUUCCUGGAUACCCGCCUCUGCUAUAGAGAACAUCUGGAAUACAUCCACGGAAAGGCUAGCGAAACAUCAAGAGCUCUCUCUAGAAUCCUGCUGAACACCAGAGGCCCCAAGCAGUGCAAGAGGAAGUUGCUCACGAGUGUCGUCACUUCGCAACUCCUCUAUGCGGCCCCAAUCUGGGCGGAGGCCGCGAAAGUAAAAAGCUACGUGAGGGGUGCGGAAGAUAUCAACCGCCUGUGCGCCCUGAGAGUAGCGUGCGGCUUCAGGACGGUUUCCGACGAAGCGGCCCGAGUCGCUGCGGGGCUGGUGCCGCUAGGUGAACUUGUGCAGGAAGCCCGCCUCCAAGGCGCGCCAGAAAAUCCUAAAGGUCGCUGGACUCACCGCCUGAUCCCAGACAUCAUGAGCUGGUUUAGUAGGAAGCCCGGAGAAGUGGACUUCUACCUGACGCAGGUGCUCAGCGGUCACGGAUGCUUUAGAAGCUAUCUUAUGCGAUUCGGUCACGACACCGAGGAUCACUGCCCAGAAUGCGGGACCGGUGUAGAAGAGAACGCACACCACGUCCUUUUCGAGUGCCAUCGCUUUCAUCACGAGCGGCAAGCGCUGGAGGAGGCUGUGGGUACGGCCAUCACGGCAGACAGCCUGGUUUCCAGCAUGCGAAGGAAUGCUUAG